AGCCAUGCCAUAAAGACUGACCCCCAGAGGAGUACUUUUCCUGUGCGUCUUUCCAUUAGUUUAAUGCGGGAUAUAUGACCACCGCCCUUCCGCCCCAUAGAGAACAGGUAAAGAAUCCCACCACCCUUCCGCCCCUCACCUCCCAUCCCAUCCUAACAAGACCUUUCCUCCUUCCCAUCACCCGAGACUGCCGUCGCCCUGCGCCCAACCACCUCCCACCACUCUUCUUUUCUUUCGGGUAUUUCCGGAAAUGGAUGGUGGGCAGCCUCCUCAUCCCAUAGAACAGUACUCUUCUUCCAUUACCGGUAGCCCCAGCAGCACCACCACCAGUAGCUCCGCCGCGGCAGCCGAAGCCUCCGGCGGCGGCGGAGGGAGUUCGAACAGCAGCAUCAGCGGCAGGAAGUGCAAGGGAAAGGGAGGACCGGACAACGGGAAGUUCCGAUACCGGGGGGUUCGGCAGCGGAGCUGGGGGAAGUGGGUCGCGGAGAUUCGGGAACCGAGGAAGCGGACGAGGAAGUGGCUCGGGACGUUCUCCACCGCCGAGGAUGCAGCCAGGGCCUACGACCGUGCGGCGCUGGUUCUCUAUGGUCCUCGCGCACAGCUCAAUCUCCAGCCCUCCUCCGCCGCCGCGACCGGCAGUGGAUCUUCCUCCUCCUCCUCGUCCUCGACCUCCUCGACGUCCACCCUUCGUCCUCUUCUCCCCCGUCCCUCGGGCUUCCCCUUCCCUCUCCUCCCUUCCUCCUCCUCUCCCUAUGCUUUCCCUCCCGUAAUGUACUCCAACCCAACGGAGAGUACCAUCAUCUCCCAUGGGCCAAUCACCAGCUGCGGCGGUGGCUAUCACUGCAUGCCAAUCGAGCAGGAACCGGUGAUACCGGCCCCUGCGCCUGGGCCGAGCCACGUCGUGGCGGCCGAUAGUGGUGUAUACGAGGACAUCAGCUCCCUCGCCGGGUCGGUGAGAUCGAGCCUGUCGCUCUCCAACCAGCCCGUGGCACCGGUGGAGACCGCGACAUCAAUGCCGCUCGUGUCAUCGCCGGUGUGGAAUUAUGAUGAUUAUGCUGAAGCAGCUUCUUCCUUGUGGGAUGAUGGCGAUCCCUUCUUCUUUGAUCUAUGAUGAACGAGAAUAACAAAAUAUCUCUGCUAAUAGGAUUAAUGCAGGGAGAAUUAGGGUUUCUGCUAUGCAUGCAUGCUUUGGAAGUAUUCUUAAACUGUAUCAUCAUCUCUGGUGGAUUGUCUAAUUUUUUUAUUUAUUAAAUUUUUUGUACUUUGAGACUUGAAGUACUUUACUACUUGUUUUGUAUUGCGAGAAAAAAAAAAAUUGAGAGUUCCAACCUUCUAGUGAGUUUAUGAUGAAGAAAGCGAGCGAGCGAGCGAGCAACCAGCAACCCAAGUGAUGAGGAGGAGACUGCACCAGAUGACAUAGGAUUAAGAGGGCAUGCAAGAGCUGCAGUUUGGAUCGUAGUUAUAUAUGUAUGGACUAUGAAGAGAACAUAAUAUACUGCCUCUUAUGGUUUCUACUGCCUGGUCUCAGAGAUUUAGCUAUAUAGUGAUGUUGGGACUGCCCCUUGGAUUU